AGACCGUUUGGCGCGCUUCUCUAUCUCAUAAGCGCUCGCACUCGACUGUGCAGCGCGAUGAGAAUGUGAUGUUCGUCCGACGUUCGUCUGUUCCCGUCUCGACGCCGACCCCGCCAUGUUCCGUCUCACUCGCCCUCUCCUCAACCAAGUCCGGAAAACGACCACCGGCAUCACGGGCCUCGAGGUCCACCACGACCCUAUUCCUCACCUGAUUCAGACAUACAAAACCACCUUGGAGAGGCUAUCCGGCAUUCCCGAGACCUCUGUAUACCGGCAAGGCGUGGAGGCCCUCACAAAGCACAAGCUCAACAUUGUGCAAACGGCGAACGCGAGCAUUGCUGAGGUCGAGAAGCAACUGGAUGAGGGACACAUAGAGGAGUCGCUUGACAUCGCGACAGAUGAAUUGAACCUGGCGUCCAAGAUGGUCGAGUGGAAGGCAUGGGAGCCUCUCGCUGAGAAGCCGGAGCCUGGACAGUGGGAGUAUUUCGGCAAGACCGCGACCGCAUCGUCAUGAAUGGGCUAGUUGAGACUCCUCUGUAGUCUACUCAUAGAAUUGGCCGCUGAGCACAUUUCACGACGCGUCUCGUCUUCUGAGUCGGCUGUCUAACAUCCUCGCCUCAAUGAUGACCACAUCUGCGAUGGACUCGCACGUAUUCCCAUUUGCUUCUGUUAACGCGAGUCUGAAAACACGAACCAUCGUCUCCACAUGGUGUAAGCCAAUCGCAUGGGUAGACGAUCCCGCCUGCACGACUAAGGUGAUCAAGACUCAAGUACUCAAGAGAGAAGUGCGUCACGCAAUAAUAUUGCAUAGCUAGUCGGUGAUGUACAUACAGUACACGCUGUGCGACAUGUUGAGUGUCGCGGCUGCAGACAGUAGCUACAAGUAUUAUUCACAAGACGCAAUGAGAUAAAUCAAAACUAG